AUGAGAUCAUCCUCGUACUCGCGAAGAGUUCUCGAGAGCGCUCUCCGGGCCCUCUUGGACGCAGUCUGUACCGGUCCAGCGACCGAUCAAGACGAGAUUCUGUGCAUUGCGAUAACGCGUUCGACGAAUAAAUCACAAAUAGCCCGAACAUCAUUUUGAAAUCGCGAAAAUGGGGACGAGGCUAAAAUGGCUGAUGCUUUGUGCUCUCGUGGCUCUUCUCGUCGCGGACACCAGCGCCGCGGAGAGAAGACGAAAUAAGCGUCGUCGUACAACAACAACCGAGCCGACCUUCCAACAAGAAGUCAUGAAUAUGCUGGAAGCUGACGAGGCCAUCGAGGACGCCGAAAACGAGAAAAUCUUGAAUUCUGAGAGCAAGUAUGGCGAAAAAACUGAGCCCUUGCUACAGAAGGAUCCUUGCAUGGAAAAACAUUGCGGAGCAGGGAAAGUUUGUCGGUCAAACGACAUGGGCGAAGCCGAAUGCAUUUGCGUCGAGGUCUGCAACGAGGAGAUCGAUCCACGCCGUAAAGUUUGUACGAAUUACAACGAAACCUUCGGCAGCGAUUGCGAGGUUUAUCAAGCUCGUUGUUUCUGCGAUACCGACGAUUCGAGAUGUCGUGGACCAGAUUAUCAGCACGUGCACAUCGAAUACUACGGAGAGUGUCGUCAAAUGCCUAUGUGCAAAGAAGACGACAUGCUCGAUUUUCCGCGCCGCAUGAGAGAUUGGCUUUUCAACAUCAUGCGCGAUUUGGCCGACCGUCACGAAUUACCUGAUCAUUUUUACAAGAUGCAACGCGAAGCCGAAACGAACUUGACGCUCCGUUGGUCGAACGCGGCCGUUUGGAAAUGGUGCGAUCUCGACGGUCAUCCCCAUGAUCGUUCGGUCUCGAGGCACGAGUUAUUCCCGAUUAGAGCACCGCUCAUGGCCCUCGAGCAUUGCAUCGCUCCCUUCUUGGACUCGUGUGACGUUGACAACGAUCACAAAAUCACUCUCAAGGAGUGGGGAAAAUGUUUACAACUCGACGAGGACGAUUUGGAAGACAAAUGUGACGAGCUGAUUGAAGCGGCUCACGAGCAGUUUUAGAAGAGUUUACUAUUUCGACGCGACUCUGGACAUUGAAAUCCCCCUCCGCCGUACGUAGCGAGAGCGAAAGAGCCCUUUUUUAUUUUAUUACUUGGCCCUGCUGCUUCAAGUCCCAGACAAAAAAAUAAAUGGCGGGAAACUA